ACAGUCUCUGGAACAAUCAGAAAUUUCAACAGUGUUGAUUACUGUGUGUGUGUUUGUGUGUGUGCACGUGUGCGCUCACACAUGUGUGUGUUGCUGUCCUCCCCCAGCCUGUUCUUUGGGGGUGGCAAAAAGAAAUAAGGAUUGUUGUUUUCAAAGCAGCAUGUUGUCUGUGUUUUAUCAACACUCUGACCAAUGAGAAAUCACAAAUUUAGUUUCCACAGAGAAAACUUGAUCCUUAAUAUCCAAUGUAAUGCUGGAGAAUUGGUGUAACCAGCUUCCAGUCCAUUUUCAUGUGGAACCUUUCCAGAAUUGACAGAAUAUUGACUUUUAUGGCAUUCGUAUUUGUAAUUCAGUUUUUCCAUCUCUGGGAGUUACCAGCAAAGUGGUCUGAUAAAUAGGAUCACCACUCUUUAAAGGGGUGGGGGACCAGGAUCUCUGGGCAGAUCUUCUCAGUUGGUGAGCCCUAUUUAUUUUACAAGCCUUAUUUAAUCAGAUACCUUUGUCCUUUAGAGGGAUUGGCUUUGUUGACAUUGGCUUGACCAGGCAUCUGUAGUUAAGCUUGUUGGAAACAAAUACAAAGUAGCUCACACAUUUCACAUUUUUGAAUGAGAAAAAUCUCUUUCUUAAAGGAAAAUAAGGGAAAAUGGGGUGUAAGACUUAUUUGUUGCACUGAAUUCUACUUGUAGAUUACUGCCAGCUUUAUAAAUGAAGUUUUGCUAAAAGCAUAUUUUUUAAAUCUCCUUGACAAUUAAUUUAAUACUGCUAUAUCCUUGUUUAACUUUUUCCUUAUAAAGCCACAAAUAAUGAGUCAUCAAAAAAAUCUCUAAACCACCUAGUUUUUCAUUAAGUGCAUAUAAUCAAACAUGCAGCUAUAGUACAGCACAUAUGAGAAUAUCCAUAGGAUAAUAAUUGCCAUUCCUGUUUAUAAAAGUGUACCAUUCAUGUUAUGCUUAAAUCAUUGUAUUCUUUUCCUUUGGGUUCUUUACUCCUUUUUCUAUUAAACUUGCUUAAGAAUCCCAAAAUACUAUUUUUUUGUAUCUCUGUAUGUUUCCUAACAUAAAUGCUGUAAAAUACUAUUAUAAAGCAUUUUUUACUUAAAAGAUGAAUAAGUCAUUUAAUGAGUUCUACUAAAGAGAAACAACACAAUAAAAUACUCAUUAUCAUUUUAUAUUUAGGGAGCAACAUGCUAUUAUGUACAUGAUUAUAAUAUAUAACUUAAUUUUCUCUAAUAUUGUUUUUGGAAUGCAUAUGGGGAGCAUCUAGCUGUUAGAGUGACCUAUCUUGAACACAGGUGCAUUGCCUAUCUUUUUCAGAGGUUGAAGUAAAAUAAAGAGUAAACAGGCCUCUUCUCUCUUCCCUUAUCAUCCUUCUCUGUGUUGGGAUCAUGGGUAGUAUUUACUCUUUAUAUUAGAAUCUAAGAAUGUGUAUAGAUUUUGGUUUGUUCUUUUUCUCUGGUGCCUUUAUGUUGCUUAUGUUUCUAGCAAUCUGUAUAGUUUACCGUAUAAGCAUAGGUUUCCCUCCUAUCCGUAGAUAUGUAUAAAAUACAAUUACCUUAAAAUUAGUUAUCAGUAUAUAUCAGAAAGCAUGAACAUAAUUUUAAAAAUCUUAAAGAUAUUUGAAUGCCUCAUUGUUUAAAUUAGAAGGCAAUAUGCCUAGAUGUGUAAACAUUUUGUAGUUGGGAGAUACUUGUGACAUUAGUUCUAUCCUUGUGUAUUUUCCUUUUUGCAGUCCAGAUUUAUCAAGGGAUAUGUUGUACUCUUCUGAUCUUGUCUGAAUUCAAAUGUGUCCUUGGUAGGUCUGCAGAUAGUUCAGACAUGGCUUCUAUGAGUUUUUAAAUGCUCCCACUCAAGAUGAAUUUGCAUUAAGAUUAUUAAGUAAAACUAUUAAUCAGAUGAGAGUUAAUGAGAAAUGGAAGUAUUCAGUUAUUUGUUUUAAAUUAUUUCUGAAUUUCUUUAAAUAUAAAGGAAGCACUGUGGUGAUACUUUUCAGCUUUGUAUGUGUGAAGGUAAGAGAUUUUGAUAAGUUUAAUAUCUUAUAAUACAGAUCAGAUACAUCUUGGGGCCUUCAUUUUUAGACUUCCCUAACCAUGUUGUGUUCUUUAUGUAAUACCCUGUCUUGUAUCUGAAAUUGAGUUCAGAAUGUUCAAAAUAAGUGUGUCGCUCCCCCUCUUCGUGGAGGAACGACACUAAACCCUGCCUAGGCUUCAUAUCCGAGUCACGGCACCAUUAUGUCGCUCCCCGUCUUCGUGGAGGAACGACACAGGACCCUGUGCUGUUCUUUCGUCUGCUCGGCCCUCCCCGGGUUUGCUGCUGGUUCUUCCCGGGUUGGCUACUAUCCCUUCCACCUCCGUGGAAGGGCAGUUCCCCCUGGCCACAUUCCCCACUUCCGCAGGGGAGCGGCACACCACCGGCCGGCUUUCUCGGGGGCUGCACGGGUGUUCCUUCAGCUAGAUGUUCCCCAUAGAUGUUCCCGGUGCAUGCCGUCUCUCUCCUCCUUUAUAGUCCUCCUCCGCCAAUCCCAACUCGGCUGCCCACACGCCGAGUACGCUGCUCUCCUCCAAUCAGUAGCAAGUCCUACAGUUUAUUGGUUGAACUGGAGGCAGCUGUGCGGAAGCUGUUUACUUCUCUCCCAGCGCCAUAUUGUGGGAGAGCAAAUGCAUAGAAUAAGUCUUAAUUCCAGUAACUCAGUCUAGUCCGGUUUGCUCCCCACAAAGUGAAAAGGAUAUUUUCAAAUGUUUAGCUUUGCUUUGACUUAGUAUUUAUAAAAAGAUUCUGAAGUUCUUUGAAAUAAUAGAAAUUAUUACCAACUCUGUUUUGAAAUGGAUGCUCUCUAGAAGAAAUACCUAUGUCCAGAUGUUUUGUUUUGUGCAUUAAACAUAUGGAUGGUUUAUAUGAUUAAGCUAGGAGUAUACUAUCAUUAUAUUAUCAUAGAUUAUCAUUGGAACUCCAUCCUGUGCUUUGAAUAAUGGUAUCCUGUCGCUCCCCCUCUUCGUGGAGGAACGACACAGGACCCUGCGCUGUUCUUUCGUCUGCUCGGCCCUCCCCGGGUUUGCUGCUGGUUCUUCCCGGGUUGGCUACUAUCCCUUCCACCUCCGUGGAAGGGCAGUUCCCCCUGGCCGCAUUCCCCACUUCCGCAGGGGAGCGGCACACCGCCGGCCGGCUUUCUCGGGGGCUGCACGAGUUCCCUUAGAUGUUCCCCAUAGAUGUUCCUGGUGCAUGCCGUUUCUCUCCUCCUUUAUAGUCCUCCUCCGCCAAUCCCAACUCGGCUGCCCACACGCCGAGUACGCUGCUCUCCUCCAAUCAGGAGCAAGUCCUACAGUUUAUUAGUUGAACUGGAGGCAGCUGUGCGGAAGCUGUUUACUUCUCUCCCAGCGCCAUAUUGUGGGAGAGCAGAUGCAUAGAAUAAGUCCUAAUUCCAGCAACUCAGUCUAGUCCGGUUUGCUCCCCACAGUAUCCUAAGGCUAUGUAUCUAAGUUGUCUAGAUUCACUGAACCACCUCUAAUGACAAUUUAGAAGGUGCUUUGUUAUGAAAGUGUCCCACAAAAUUCACAUGUUGGAAAUAAUCCUCAAUUCAACAGUGUUGGAUAGUGGGGCAUUUGGGGAAGUGUUUAGGCAAUGAAGGCUCUGCCCUCAGGAAAGGAUUUAUGCUGCUGUAAAAAGGGCUUCCAGGAGACUGUUCUUGCUCUGUGCUGUUCUUCUGCCUGCCUUCAAGUGAGAAUACAACAUGAAAGCCCACAGAUGACUGACACCUUAAUCUUGAAUUUCCAAGUGUCCAAAAGUGUGAAAAAUUAUUUUAUCUUUCUUAUAAAUGUGUUGGUCUGUUAUAGCAUCACAAGGCAGACUAAAAUAGAGGGCCAGCCAAUCUUUGAAAAUUAUUCCUUCUAGUGCUAUUUUUCAUGUGGUGGGGAGCUGAUUGCACAUGCUUUGGAAGUGGAACCAGUAUUUACUGUCGACAUUUAAGGUUUCUGUGGUUUGGGAACCCACUUUUUCCUAAUGCAAGUGGUUUUACCAAGUUAUCUCAAGCUUAAUGAGAACAGAUCUUAAUUAUAUUUCCAAACAAAUAAACAAUCCUAUCUCUCUGGAUCCUGAUGUUAAAGUAACCCAACAGAGAAUUUUAUCAAGAUAUUAUACUUGAAGUUCAUAAUAGUUUUGGAAUUCAUAAAAUGGAUUAUUUAGUGUAGGACAGAAUGCUAGGAUUUUCUUUCUCAUCUUUGGAACAAAAGUAUGUCAAAAUAUAGCAUAAGGAAUAGGGAUAAUUGGGUUUUAAUUAUUUGUAUCUGUUGUGGAAAGGAAGAAUUGCUUCCUUGUAUAAUAUCUGCAAACUCAAAGGUACCACCAAGUUGCAUUCUGUCAGUCAAUGAUAAGAGUGGACGGCUAUGAUCAGCAUGAUGGAGAGACAGCAGCUCUAUUCCUGAAAGACAAAUCUCUGGGAUAUGUCUUAGACUAAAGUUUCUCCAAAAGCCAUCCCUGGGCCAGUGCCGCGGCUCACUAGGCUAAUCCUCCGCCUGCGGUGCCGGCACUUGGGGUUCUAGUCCCGGUUGGGGCAACGGAUUCUGUCCCAGUUGCUUCUCUUCCAGUCCAGCUCUCUGCUGUGGCCUGGGAAGGCAGUGGAGGAUGGCCCAGGUGUUUGGACCCUGCACCCUAUGGGAGACCAGGAGGAAGCACCUGGAUCCUGGCUUCAGAUUGGCGCAGCGUGCCAGCCAUAGCGGCCACUUGGGGGUGAACCAAUGGAAAAGGAAAAUCUUUCUCUCUGUCUCUCUCUCUCUCACUGCCUAACUCUGCCUGUCAAACAAACAAACAAAAACCUUCUCUACCAGGGAGGACAGCAGGCAUUUUCUACUUCUCUAAGGACUCUUAUAAUAUCUUGCAGAUAUUAUACAAGGAAGCAAUUCUUCCUUUCCACAACAGAUACAAAUAAUUACGACUACCAGGGAGGACAGCAGGCAUUUUCUACUUCUCUCAGGACUCUUAUUAACCAGCAUAUUAUAUCCUACACAGAAUUGUUGAAAAGGAAAAGAAUCUACCACUCUCCAGCUAUGACUGCCCCGUUGGAGUUUCUCCUACCUCAGGAACCCAGAUCCCAUGAACCUGUUCAAUUUCUUUCACUCCUCCCUAUCCUUGAUCAAAACAUGUUCAAGGCUACCUAUCUCUUUUGUAAAGGUUACAAUAUUCAGUUCACCCUGGGGAGUAUUUGAAAAAAGAUAUUUUUGAUUUCAGUGCUUGAACAACCUGGUGAGAUGAGGUCUCUUUGAUUGAGGGGUCGUUCCCUGGACUCUUCAGUACAUCCUACAUACUCAGGCUGCCUACUUGUUAGCAGCUUCUGUGUUUUGAGCACUAUAAUAUCAACUCUCCUUGUUACUUCAGUUCUUCUUAUUUCUCAAUAUCUAGGAAACGAUUACUACUCUUUCAAGCUAAAAGGCUACAUCUCAGGGGGAAGAAUAUUCCAAACAUGGAAAAUGGGCUAGAUUCUGCAGAAUGCAGGGUCAACUCUAGAUAGUAAUCAGUGGGGAGAGGGAAAUCUCCACCAAUCCACUCGAGAAUCUCACUGUCAGAAUUACGGGAAAAAAAUCUGUAGAACAUUAACAUUUUCUAGCUAAAGUGUCUCAAGAAACAGAGAUUCUGUGAAAUUAAGAAACUUGUCCCUGAUUUCACAGAAGACGUUGCCAGAACACAGGUCUCCACCCUUGCUAUCCAGAGUCUGUAAUUUAACAAAAGAAUUUGGCACAUUAAUUUCUAAAGGUAUUUAUUUUCCUACUUUAAUUCUUACAAAUGCUUUACUUAUUGACUACAUUUAGUUUCUAUAUUUAUGGCUUCAAAGGCAUUGUCUCAUAUUCAGUUAGGCUACUGUGGGACAGGUCUAUCCAGGCUUGGGUUUUCUCCAUAAUACAUAAAAGUUUUAUUGGUUUUUAAACAUUUAGUUAACUUUCAUUACAGCUAGAAGUUGGAUGAGAAAUCCUUGGGCACCUGCGUGGAAUGUUUCUUAUGAUUGAGUCAUUGUUUUAAAAACUAUAUAUAUUGUAUUUGGCUAGCCAAAAAAAAAAAAAAAAAAUCUAGGCAGGAAGGUGCCUUACUGUCUGUGCUUCUAAGGUACAGCCCCAGGGUAGCAGUAGUAUGUACCAGACUUGUUAUACUGGUUUGGUGUGCAUGUUUACUUUCUGUGGUGGGAAAUAUAUCUCUGCAUUCAUCAUCGUCAACUAUGCCUGUGAGUGCCUUGAAAUCUUUCUAAAACCCCAAAAGUUGACUAACAAGUUUGUACCUAUUCCUUCUCAGUCUACAGAAAGUGAACAGCACUUUAAAGUAAGAGAAGUCCGAGGAUCUCUGGUUUACCCUACCUGGGUUUCCAAAGCAAGGCAUUUGGUAUUUGUUCAUUAUAGGUUUGAACAGUUGAGGCAUUUGGGAAACUGACAUUCAGGUAUGAAGGUAACAGGGUAUUUUGGAGUUGAAACUCUCAGAAGCUUUACUGGAGAAGUAUCAUAAUAUAAGAACAAAAUCAAGCAUGUCUGGAGCAAGUAGAAUUGCCAAAAAUGUCAAGGCGUGGAAGCAUGGGUAAAAAGAUGGCCUAUCAGAAAGUCAGUGCAGACCAAAGAGCUCCAGGACACUCACAGUACUUAGACAAUGAUGACCUUCAAGCCACUGCCCUUGACUUAGAGUGGGACAUGGAGAAGGAACUGGAAGAGCCUGGUUUUGACCAGUUCCAGGUAGAAAGUGCUGAGAAUCAGAACCUGGGGCAUUCAGAGACUGCAGACCUACACCUUGAUUCCAUCCAACCAGCAACUUCACCCAAAGGGAGAUUUCAGCGACUUCAAGAAGAGCCUGAUUUUGUUACACACUAUUCCAGAUCUGUACCAAAGAGCAACCGCUGCAGCUUCUGCUACCUUUUAAAACUACUUUGCACAGCCAUCAUUUUAUUUAUUUUUGGAAUUUUGAUAGGAUAUUAUACACGUAAAAAUUGCCCUUCAGCUGCUACAUCGUCAGCAACAGUCGAUCCUCAGUUUUACCAAGACAUUCUCAAGACGAUCCAAGCCGAGGAUAUUAAGAAGUCUUUCAGAAAUUUGGUACAACUAUAUAAAAGUGAAGACGACAUGGAAAUUUCCAAGAAAGUGAAAACUCACUGGAUUUCUUUGGGCCUAGAAGAUGUACAGUUAGUAAAUUAUUCUGUGCUGCUUAAUCUGCCAGGCCCUUCUCCCAGCACUGUGACUCUGAGCAGCAGUGGCCAAUGCUUUCAUCCUAACGGCCAGCCUUGCAACAAGGAAGCCAGAAAAGCUGGCAGCCAAGAUCUGCUCUACUCAUAUGCAGCUUACUCUGCCAAAGGAACUCUCGAGGCUGGAGUCAUCGAUGUGAGUUAUGGAACUGCAGAUGACUUAAAAAGGAUUAAAAAAAUGAAAAAUACAACAAAUCAGAUUGCACUCCUGAAACUAGGAAAAUUGCCACUCCUUUAUAAGAUUUCCCUAUUGGAAAAGGCUGGAUUUGGAGGUGUUCUUCUAUAUAUUGAUCCUUGUGAUUUACCAAAGACUGGAGAUCUUAGCUAUGAUACCUUCAUGGUAUCACUGAAUCCAGGAGGAGACCCGUCUACACCUGGUUAUCCAAGUGUUGAUGGAAGCUUUAGACAAAGCCGAUCUAACCUCACCUCUCUGCUGGUGCAGCCCAUCUCUGCAUCGCUGGUUGCAAAACUGAUCUCUCCACCAAAAGCUAAAACCAAAACCGACAUCUGUAGCCCUCUAGUACUUCCAAAUAAUGAGAUACGAAUGGUCAGCAUGCAAGUUCAGACAGUCACAAAAUUCAAAACAGUUACAAAUGUUGUUGGAUAUUUAAAGGGUUUCACUUCUCCAGACCGGUAUAUCAUAGUAGGCAGCCAUCAUCAUACUGCAUACACUUACAAUGGACAAGAAUGGGCCAGUAGUACUGCGAUAAUCACAGCAUUCAUCCGGGCCUUGAUGUUAAGAGUAAAGAGAGGGUGGAGGCCAGACCGUACUAUUGUUUUCUGCUCAUGGGGAGGAACAGCUUUUGGAAAUAUUGGUUCAUAUGAAUGGGGAGAGGAUUUCAAGAAGGUUCUACAGAAAAACGUUGUGGCUUACAUUAGCAUCCAUAGUCCUAUCAGGGGUAACUCCAGUCUCCACCCUAUAGCAUCACCAUCUCUUCAGCAACUAAUAAGAGAGAAAAAUAACUUCAACUGUACCAGAAGAGCUCAGUGCACAGAAACGAAUGUCAGUUCUGUACAAAUAAAAGGUGAUGCCGAUUAUUUCAUCAACCAUCUUGGAGUUCCCACCGUGGAGUUUGCUUAUGAGGACAGCAAAGCAUUAGAGGGUCCAAGUUUUCUCUCCGAGGCACUUUUUCCUAAACAUGCAACAAACAUAGAAGAAAUGGAUCCUUUUUUCAACCUUCACGAGACCAUUACUAAGCUCUCAGGAGAAGUGAUUUUGCAAAUUGCCAACGAGCCAGUCCUGCCCUUUAAUGCUCUUGAUAUAGCUUUAGAAGUUCAAAACAAUCUGAGAGGUGAUCAACCCAGCACCCAUCAACUGCUAGCCAUAGCAUCACGCCUGCGCGAGAGCGCCGAACUCUUCCAAUCAGAUGAGAUGCGACCUGCGAAUGAUCCCAAGGAAAGAGUCCCCGUUCGUGUCCGAAUGCUGAAUGACAUUCUCCAAGACAUGGAGAAAAGCUUCCUGGUCAAGAAGGUGCCUCCAGGUUUUUACAGAAACAUCCUGUACCAUGUUGAUGAGAAGACAAGGCAGUUUUCAUUACUGGUGGAGGCUUGGGAACACUGCAAGCCACUUGCAUCAAAUGAGACAUUUCAAGAAGCCCUGUCAGAGGUGUUGAACAGCAUUAAUUCAGCUCAGGUUUACUUCAAAGCAGGACUUGAUGUGUUUGAGAGUGUCUUGGUUGAGAAGAACUGAGGAAAUGCUCAGCAUUUUAAAAAGUUUGUUUACAAUUCCACAAGCUAGAGCUCUAAUCUGACCAGAUUUUCUGAAAAUGAAGAUUUUUCUCCCCAAUGGCUUUUUGACAAGUAUAAAGCUAUUAUUACAUUGUAUUUUUAAUGUACAUAUAAAAGAGCAUUUUGCACAUUUAAUAUUUUUCUUAUACCUACAUUCGAAUAUAAAAAAGCAAGUUAUUGAAAUAAGAUUUAUCUAUUAAAAAGAAGUCUGCUGUAUUUUUAUAUGUAUAGACAAUUGGGGGUAGGGGGAAGUUCCAAGUUCUGAACAAUAUUCAUGCCUAUGGACAGAACACAUAAGAACACAGUUAUUCCCUGUGAUAGAGCAAUUAAUGACCUAGUUUCUGUCAUAGAAAUUGCAAGGUGAUAUGGUUUCAGAUUACUUUCACUAGUAAGUGUUCAAUAUGAAAAAUUCAAGUAUUCUGACUGAUUGGUUGCCCCAAACCACUUUGAAUGUUUCUAUUUUAUGAAAUGAAGUUCCUUUUCUUAACAUAACUAGAUGUAGUAAUACACUGGUUAUGAAAUUGUAUUUUUUAAGUAUUAAUGAAAAAAGAGCUAUAAACAUUCCAGGGGAAAAUCUCAAGGUAACUGCACAGAGUAAUUUAAAUGUAAAUUUUUUCCUAACAACUUAUAAGAUGACUAGCUUUGAAACCCCUAAUUUGCCUCAGUUGAUUUUGCAAGAAUUUCAGGAGUGAUGUAUAUCUUAUGAGGGAGAAAAUAUUUAUUUCUUUUUCUGUUGUUUCUGUUCAUGGAACCAUUGAAAGAGAGGCAACUCCCAAAUGAAAGUGUCUCACAUUGCUUCUUGUAUCUUUUCUGAAACUGUUUGCUGUAGAGUCAGUUUUCACAGAGUACUAUAUCAUUUCCAUAGGAAAGUUGUGAAGUUUCUUUUUGAAAACACAAACUACCUUCAAAAGCAUCAAAGUGCUAUUUCUACCACAGACCAAAAAAAUUUAUUAUGAAAGAAAGAGUUGUUUUUAUCAAUGAAAAACACAUUAAUUCUGUUCAUUAAUCUUAGUUGUUACUAAGAUGAAAAUGUGGAAAAUAUUCAUCCUUCUAAUUUCAAGUAGAAAAUGCAGUGGUAGUAUAAGAGUGUGUCUCUCAAAACUUUAAUUCUUCUCUCAUUUGGAAAAUUAAUCUUUCCAUAUUGGCAUUGUCAUUGAAUAGCCCUUGCACCCAUUAUUUCCUCAGAUCCUAAAAUUUUGCCUAUUAGGCAACAGGUUAAACUUUUAGCUUACCUUUAGAAAUUGAUUUGAGAAUAUAUUCUCUGGUAUGGGAUAAAGCAAUUGCCCUUAGGAAACAUAUCCUUGAAAUAUUUCAUAUGAUUUUUUCUGCUUAAUUCAAUACUCACCUAUCCCCAUUACAUCCUAGUGAGCCAUGUUACACAGUCCCUAUAUGUCUAAAUAUGCAUUUUUAUGGAUGAGAAUAUACCUAAUCUUAGUUUAAAAGAAAACUAUAGUUGAAGGAAAAUAAUUACUCUAUAUUGAUUAAUUGAUUUAUAAGAGUAAGCUGUUCCUAUCAAACAAAAUAUUUUUAUGUGCAAGACAAAGUAGAGAAUCCAGGCGAUUACCUAGAUAAUUCAAGCAGAAAACCAUUUUCUUCUGAAUUGCCUAUAUACACAUUUCUACAUGUGAAAUGAAGCAGCUGUAAGAUUUUAUUUUUCUAACCAACAUACUUGUUUGAAAAUUUUUGCCAUGUUAAAAACUUUGUAUGUGAAAGGGCUAAAAGGAUCAGGAUCUGACAUGGAUGAUAUUAGUGCCCUCUCUUGCUGUGCAAAAAUGAACAGUGGAGACGUGGGAAUGAACACCUAGACAUGCAUAGACCCAAAUAAUAGAAAGCCUUAUACGUAAGAAUCAUACAUAUUUCAUCAAAGGUCAGUGUCUUCAUUCCAGUUCUUCAUUUGGAGUUAAAUUUAAUACAAAAUAGUGAACUAUUUAUCAGUUUGGUGGUUUAUCAUUUUUGAACAAAUUCAUAAAUAAAUCUACUCCCAUAAUAUACAAUAACAUUAGGAGCAUAAAAUAUUUCCCUUUUCAUUUUUGUUUCAAGACUGUAUACCUAGGUAAAUCAAGCAUGAUUUCACUGAUAUUUAUGAUAAUUUCAUUAUCCUCUACUCCUUACUUUUAAAUAAUAUAGUAUUUACUAUUUGAAAACUGCAGUUAGCUAUGGACUAAGAUGUUAUUUUUUUUUACUCUAUUGAAGAGAUUAUAUGAAGAUUACAACAGAGAUUCAACAUCUUGACAUCUCUGCAAUAAAACUUAACUAGCAGUAUUUCUGGCAUGGUGUGACUAUCAGAAAGUUCUUCCAAAUUUAUAUCAUUUCAUUUUUUUCCUCCAAUAGAUGUAAGUUAGUAAAAUCUUGGGCAAGUUAAUAACAAGUGUUGUGUGAAUUUCUCCUUCAUCCAUAGAAUUGUGCAAAGAAACAACAGAUCAUAAAUGAUUAUUCUCCCAAGAAAAUGUGGCAAACAUGUACUGCAGGUGGGGUAGCAGUGACAUUCAGACCUUUAUGGAAACGUGUUAACCUUAGAAUUCAAAGCAAACCUUUGAGAUAUUCUAAUCUAAGCAUUAGGUUCUUGCCUUCAUUCAGACAAUACAUUAUCACUCCUAAUGAGACAAGGUAAGCAAAGCUAAGUGAUUACAAGACUUGUAUGUGGUCUUUUUUUUUUUUUAAUAGCAAAAAUGCUGAUGAUUUUAAGCUUCUCUACUUUCUCAUUCAGUGUAUCUUGCCCUGUCCCCUGGGAACCAAGGGUAUAGAUGAUCUUCCAAUGCAUUUUAUGGAAGCAGCCAUUCUAUCAGGUAUUGCUUGGGCCAGGACUGCUGCUUCGAAUUCAAGGUUAGCUCAUUCCCUGACUGUACCUGAAAAACAAAAUUGUCUCAGGGAAUCCAGGCAAGACACACACAGAUUGGUACUAAGGAAGAAGUUAGGACAGUUUCUAUAUGACACCAGAAGUCAGGAAGGAGAAGAACAUUGAGAAAGAUUUUUUAUAAGAGGACUUGUGAAUUUAGCAUUAAAAUCUGCAGUCCAAACCAUAGUUACUCAAAAUGUGGAAUUUGGGGACAGAAUCCUAAAAAUCUUCAUCUUCAGAUUUUCACAUGCUUUUUAGGCAUGUUGAACUUCAAUUUUGUAAUCUAUAUUACUCCCAAGUACUGGGCAAAUUUUAGCAGGCAACAAGUCUAAAAAAAAAUCACAAUAACUAGUGGGACCUGAACUUUUCUAUUAAUGGGACCAUUUUAAAAAAAGGAAAAAUGGUGGACUCAUCUUUAAGAAAAGGAAUCAGAUGCAGCUAACAGAUCUACCUCCUAUGUGUCAGGCACUGUUCUAGACUUUUCCCAGGUAUUGUUUAUUUUUUUCUCAUUGAAUUUGCACAACCCAUUUGAAAAAUGAGGAAAUUACGUUGAGUGACUUGUCCUAAAUUCCAAGAUAGUAAAAUACACCAAAGUACAUUCCUGUUUGUUCCUGCUGGACACUCAAGUUUUCAAUCCUGUGUUCUUCCCACUGGGUAGUGUUUUUCACAUUGAGUACUACAGAAAACGUUAGAAUACUUUCUUUCAUUCCAGAAAUGGAUAUAAUUGAAAAUUAUAAUGUAUUUUUCUGUAAGUGAUCAGACUAUGCAGUUGCUAUUUUCUUAUAAUGAAUGAGUUUGAAGAAGAAAAUGACUUCUUUCCCAAUGAAAGUAUCCCUCCCCAACAAUGGUGUACAUAUGUACAUAUGUAAGUCUGAAGAUAUUUAUAAAAAAGCUGAAAGUAUGUACACCAUCGCAGAAUCUCCUGACAGCUACAUUUACAAAUAGAUAAAAAGACCCAGAUGCCACAGUCUCACAGGGCUCUCAAAAGGCCUAUGGAAGUUCAUGUUUUAGGUGUCAUGACUUAGAAUCCAAAGUUUUAUGGCAUUCUUUAAAAUUCCAAAUAUUUAAUUUUUAAGUAAAAUAUAUAGCAUAUGGUAGCUUUUCCUGCUGGAAAGACAACUCACAAAAAUAAAAUAAGUGAUCUAUUACCAUCUCACUAAUGAUGACCAAGUGUCUCUACCUCAAAUGAAAAACUGAAAUGGUUUGCCAAAAAAAAAAAAGUAGACCUUUGACUAAAAUAUGUUCAUGAGACAUUCUAUGGUAUGUGUAGGUAUAAAUAAUUACUUGAACAAUUAAGCUUUCUCUGAACAUUACAUAUUGUCAUCUCAUUGGUUUAAUAAGCUGUUUAAGCUCCUCAGCUUCACAUUGGCUUACUAGAAAGGAGUUGUUUUAAACUGCCCACAUAUUCCAAUAAAUAUAUCAGCAACAUAAUGGUUUCAUCCCAGAACUGCAGAUACAGCCCAGGGGAAAAAAACAAAUGAACAGCAUGAGACUUAAAAGAAAAAAAAAGAAA